CGGCGAGAAGCCCCCCGUCCCAGGGCAAGCCGGAUCCCAGCUCAGGUGCGGACUUCCUCGGUGCCGUACCUGCCGGAGCCGCGCAUGUGGGCGGCCGGCAGCGGGCGUCCCCGCUCAUGGCAGCCCAGAAAUGAAAGCCGCGGCCGCCGCCUCCUCUAAGGGCUCGGAGAGCAGCACCCAGCGAAUGAGACGCAAGUCCUGGACCCGGAGGAGGAGGAGCGGCCGAGCAUCUCUCUCUCGCUCCUCCGCGUCCUUUAAAUGAGGACUCCCUGCCGGCGCCGGAGGUAGAUCUGCAGAGCCUUCCUCUCGGCCGCUGACCCCGCUUACAUCACUAACCUGUGACAGGCACAUCUCCACGCCCGGUACCUGCUCCUCAGCGGCUCCCAGUCCGGUCCGAGGAGCCUCUUUGUAUGCCGCCGACAUGGCCAGCCAGCAGGAUUCCGGCUUCUUUGAGAUCAGUAUCAAAUAUUUACUGAAAUCCUGGAGUAACACUUCUCCUGUUGGCAACGGUUACAUCAAGCCUCCAGUCCCACCUGUCUCUGGCACACAGAAGGAGAAAGGGCCACCCGCCAUGUUACCCAUCAGUGUGGACCCAGACAGCAAACCAGGAGAAUAUGUCCUCAAGAGUUUGUUUGUCAACUUCACCACUCAGGCUGAGCGCAAGAUUCGCAUCAUCAUGGCAGAGCCUCUGGAAAAGCCAUUGACAAAAUCUCUGCAACGUGGUGAAGACCCUCAGUUUGAUCAAGUCAUCAGCUCAAUGAGCUCCCUUUCUGAGUACUGCCUGCCUUCUAUUCUGCGGACAUUGUUUGACUGGUACAAAAGGCAAAAUGGCAUUGAGGAUGAAUCACAUGAAUACAGACCAAGAACAAGCAAUAAAUCCAAAAGUGAUGAACAGCAGCGGGAUUAUUUAAUGGAAAGACGGGACCUCGCCAUUGACUUUAUUUUUUCUUUAGUGUUAAUAGAAGUUUUGAAACAGAUUCCACUUCAUCCUGUAAUAGACAGCUUAAUACAUGAUGUUAUUAACUUGGCUUUCAAGCACUUUAAAUACAAAGAAGGGUACCUUGGUCCUAACACUGGCAAUAUGCACAUUGUGGCCGACCUGUAUGCUGAAGUCAUUGGAGUGCUGGCACAAGCUAAAUUCCCUGCUGUGAAGAAGAAAUUUAUGGCAGAGCUAAAAGAAUUACGGCACAAAGAGCAGAGCCCCUAUGUGGUUCAGAGCAUCAUCAGCUUGAUAAUGGGGAUGAAAUUCUUUCGAAUUAAGAUGUAUCCAGUGGAAGACUUUGAAGCCUCUCUUCAGUUUAUGCAGGAAUGUGCACAUUACUUCCUCGAGGUCAAAGACAAAGACAUCAAGCAUGCCUUGGCUGGGCUUUUUGUUGAAAUUCUUGUCCCAGUUGCUGCUGCGGUCAAAAAUGAAGUAAACGUUCCCUGCCUCAGAAACUUUGUCGAAAGCCUGUAUGAUACCACGCUGGAACUUUCUUCUCGAAAGAAGCAUUCCCUGGCCUUGUACCCCCUGGUGACCUGUCUGCUCUGUGUCAGCCAGAAGCAGCUGUUUCUGAACAGGUGGCACGUUUUCCUCAACAACUGCUUAUCCAAUCUCAAAAAUAAAGACCCCAAGAUGGCUCGAGUUGCACUGGAAUCUCUGUACAGAUUACUUUGGGUUUACAUGAUUCGCAUUAAAUGUGAAAGCAACACGGCUACUCAGAGCCGUCUUAUAACCAUCAUCACAACACUUUUCCCCAAAGGGUCCCGUGGUGUGGUGCCAAGGGAUAUGCCUCUGAACAUCUUUGUGAAAAUCAUCCAGUUCAUUGCCCAGGAGCGUCUAGAUUUUGCAAUGAAAGAAAUCAUUUUUGAUUUUCUCUGUGUGGGAAAACCAGCAAAAGCUUUCAGUCUCAAUCCAGAGAGAAUGAACAUUGGUUUACGGGCGUUCUUGGUGAUAGCUGAUAGCUUGCAGCAGAAAGAUGGUGAACCUCCCAUGCCCGUUACAGGAGCGGUUCUCCCUUCAGGAAACACACUGAGAGUGAAGAAAACAUAUCUGAGUAAAACAUUAACUGAAGAGGAAGCCAAAAUGAUAGGCAUGUCGUUAUAUUACUCUCAAGUACGGAAAGCUGUGGACAACAUUUUAAGGCACCUUGAUAAAGAAGUAGGAAGGUGUAUGAUGCUAACUAACGUCCAGAUGUUAAACAAAGAACCUGAAGACAUGAUCACGGGUGAGAGAAAGCCAAAAAUAGAUCUCUUCAGGACCUGUGUGGCUGCUAUUCCUCGACUGCUUCCUGAUGGGAUGUCAAAACUUGAACUGAUUGACUUGCUGGCUAGGCUCUCCAUUCACAUGGAUGAUGAACUGCGACAUAUUGCACAAAAUUCUCUUCAGGGCUUACUUGUUGACUUCUCAGACUGGAGGGAAGAUGUCCUUUUUGGCUUUACCAACUUCCUGCUCCGGGAAGUAAAUGACAUGCAUCACACACUCCUCGAUUCAUCCCUCAAGUUACUGCUCCAGCUGCUCACCCAGUGGAAACUGGUCAUACAAACUCAAGGAAAAGUCUAUGAACAGGCCAACAAAAUCAGAAAUUCAGAGCUAAUUGCAAAUGGCUCUGGCCACCGAAUCCAGUCGGAGCGGGGUCCCCACUGCAGCGUGCUCCAUGCCGUGGAAGGGUUUGCUCUGGUUUUACUCUGCAGUUUCCAGGUGGCCACACGCAAACUGUCUGUUCUAAUACUCAAGGAAAUUCGAGCUUUAUUUGUUGCCCUGGGUCAGCCUGAGGACGAUGACAGGCCUAUGAUUGAUGUCAUGGAUCAGCUAAGUUCUUCCAUCCUCGAAAGUUUUAUUCAUGUAGCAGUUUCGGAUUCAGCAACCUUACCACUGACUCACAGCGUGGACCUGCAGUGGCUGGUGGAGUGGAACGCAGUUCUGGUCAAUAGCCAUUAUGAUGUGAAGAGCCCUUCCCACGUCUGGAUUUUCGCCCAGUCUGUCAAAGACCCCUGGGUCCUCUGCCUCUUCAGCUUCCUCCGGCAGGAGAACUUGCCCAAGCACUGCCCCACCGCCCUCAGCUACGCCUGGCCAUACGCCUUCACUCGGCUGCAGUCGGUGAUGCCCCUGGUGGACCCAAAUAGCCCAAUUAAUGCCAAGAAAACCAGCACUGCCGGCAGCGGAGACAACUAUGUUACCUUGUGGAGAAAUUACCUUAUUCUUUGUUUUGGAGUUGCAAAGCCCAGUAUUAUGAGCCCGGGACACUUAAGAGCUUCCACUCCAGAAAUAAUGGCGACCACGCCCGAUGGUACAGUGAGCUACGAUAACAAGGCCAUAGGCACCCCAUCGGUGGGAGUUCUGUUAAAGCAGCUGGUGCCUUUGAUGAGACUGGAGGGCAUUGAGAUCACAGAGUCCCUAGUUUUAGGAUUUGGAAGAACAAAUUCCCUUGUUUUCAGAGAAUUGGUGGAAGAACUUCACCCAUUAAUGAAGGAGGCUCUGGAACGAAGACCAGAGAACAAAAAACGCCGAGAACGGCGGGACUUGUUAAGGCUACAGCUACUUCGAAUUUUUGAACUUCUGGCUGAUGCUGGUGUGAUAAGUGACAGCACAAAUGGAGCCUUAGAGCGGGAUACUUUGGCCCUUGGAGCUUUGUUCUUAGAAUAUGUGGACCUGACCCGCAUGCUCCUAGAAGCUGAAAAUGAUAAAGAAGUUGAAAUUCUGAAGGAUAUCCGGGCACAUUUUAGUGCCAUGGUUGCCAACUUGAUUCAGCGCGUUCCAGUUCACCAUCGAAGAUUUCUCUUCCCCCAGCAAAGCCUGAGGCACCAUCUUUUCAUCUUAUUUAGCCAAUGGGCAGGGCCCUUCAGCAUUAUGUUCACGCCUCUGGACCGUUACAGUGAUAGAAAUCAUCAGAUUACAAGAUACCAGUAUUGUGCAUUAAAGGCUAUGUCAGCAGUGUUGUGCUGUGGCCCAGUGUUUGACAACGUGGGCCUUUCCCCAGAUGGUUACCUGUAUAAGUGGCUUGACAAUAUUCUGGCUUGUCAAGACUUAAGAGUUCAUCAGCUUGGCUGCGAAGUUGUCGUCUUGCUAUUGGAAUUAAAUCCUGACCAGAUAAAUCUUUUCAACUGGGCAAUUGACCGAUGCUAUACUGGUUCCUACCAACUCGCAUCUGGCUGCUUCAAAGCCAUAGCUACUGUGUGUGGAAGCAGGAACUACCCCUUCGACAUAGUGACAUUGCUGAACCUUGUCCUAUUCAAGGCCUCUGACACCAACAGAGAGAUUUAUGAAAUCUCCAUGCAGCUCAUGCAGAUCCUUGAAGCAAAGCUUUUUGUAUACUCGAAGAAAGUGGCUGAACAGAGACCGGGCAGUAUUCUCUAUGGAACGCACGGCCCGCUGCCUCCCCUCUACAGCGUGUCCCUAGCGCUCUUGUCGUGCGAGCUGGCCAGGAUGUACCCCGAGCUCACUCUCCCACUCUUCUCAGAGGUGAGCCAGCGCUUCCCCACGACGCACCCGAAUGGGCGUCAGAUCAUGCUCACCUACCUGCUGCCCUGGCUGCACAACAUCGAGCUGGUGGACAGCAGGCUCCUCCUCCCGGGGUCGAGCCCCAGCAGCCCCGAGGACGACGUCAAGGACCGGGAAGGAGACGGCACGGCUUCCCAUGGGCUGAAAGGCAGCGGCUGGGGCUCCCCGGAAGCGACGUCGCUGGUGCUGAAUAACCUCAUGUACAUGACGGCCAAGUAUGGAGAUGAGGUUCCAGGACCGGAAAUGGAAAAUGCCUGGAAUGCGUUAGCCAACAACGAAAAAUGGAGCAACAACCUGCGGGUCACCCUGCAGUUCCUGAUCAGCCUGUGCGGGGUUAGCAGUGACACACUUCUCCUGCCCUACAUUAAAAAGGUGGCCAUCUACUUGUGCCGUAAUAACACCAUUCAGACCAUGGAAGAGCUUCUGUUUGAGUUACAGCAGACGGAGCCGGUGAACCCCAUCGUCCAGCACUGUGACAACCCGCCUUUCUACCGGUUCGCUGCCAGCAGCAAGGCCUCCGCCGCCGCCUCCGGAACCACCUCCAGCAGCAACACGGUGGUUGCCGGCCAGGACAGUUUCCCAGACGCCGAGGAGAACAAGAUACUGAAAGAAUCUGAUGACAGGUUUAGUAACGUCAUCAGAGCCCACACCCGUCUGGAGUCAAGAUACAGCAAUAGUUCUGGAGGGUCGUACGAUGAGGAUAAAAAUGACCCAAUUUCUCCCUAUACGGGCUGGCUGCUGAGCAUCACAGAGACCAAACAGCCACAGCCCUUACCCAUGCCGUGUACCGGAGGGUGCUGGGCCCCCCUGGUUGACUACCUCCCAGAGACCAUCACGCCGCGGGGGCCGCUGCACAGGUGCAAUAUUGCUGUGAUUUUUAUGACUGAGAUGGUGGUGGAUCACAGUGUAAGAGAAGACUGGGCUCUUCACCUCCCAUUAUUGCUCCAUGCUGUCUUCUUAGGUUUGGACCAUUACCGGCCUGAAGUCUUUGAACACAGCAAAAAAUUGCUUCUGCACCUCCUGAUUGCCCUCUCCUGCAACAGCAGUUUUCACACCAUUGCUUCUGUGCUCCUGCAGACUCGAGAGAUGGGGGAAGCUAAGACCCUGACAGUUCAGCCAGCCUACCAACCUGAGUAUCUCUACACAGGUGGCUUUGACUUCCUGAGAGAGGACCAGUCAUCCCCGGUGCCAGACUCGGGGCUGAGCUCCAGUUCCACCUCCUCCAGCAUCAGCCUCGGGGGCAGCAGCGGGAACCUCCCACAGAUGACCCAAGAGGUGGAAGAUGUGGACGCAGCUGCCGAGACAGACGAGAAGGCAAACAAGCUCAUUGAGUUUCUGACGACCAGGGCAUUUGGUCCACUUUGGUGCCAUGAGGACAUCACGCCCAAAAAUCAGAAUUCAAAGAGUGCUGAACAACUCACUAACUUUCUACGUCAUGUUGUGUCCGUGUUUAAAGAUUCCAAAUCAGGUUUCCACCUGGAGCAGCACUUGAGUGAGGUUGCGCUGCAGACGGCCCUCGCCAGCUCGUCAAGGCACUAUGCCGGCCGGUCCUUCCAGAUAUUCCGGGCCCUCAAGCAGCCUCUGUCAGCACACGCCUUGUCUGACCUUCUCUCGAGACUGGUGGAGGUGAUUGGGGAACACGGAGAUGAGAUUCAGGGUUAUGUAAUGGAAGCACUCCUUACCUUGGAAGCUGCUGUCGAUAACUUGUCUGACUGCUUGAAGAACAGUGAUCUCCUAACUGUAUUAUCUCGCUCUUCAUCACCAGAUUUAAGCUCUAGCACUAAACUAACAGCCAGCAGAAAGAGCACAGGACAACUCAAUGUGAACCCUGGAACAGCCAGCGGCAACACAGCGACUGCAGAGCGGAGCCGGCAUCAGAGGAGCUUCUCUGUGCCCAAGAAGUUUGGUGUUGUUGACCGAUCCUCAGACCCACCUCGGAGUGCCACCCUGGACAGGAUUCAGGCCUGUACCCAACAAGGACUCUCCUCCAAAACCAGAAGCUCAUCCUCCUUGAAGGACAGCCUCACGGAUCCAUCGCACAUAAACCAUCCAACCAACCUGUUAGCCACCAUCUUUUGGGUCACAGUGGCCUUGAUGGAAUCUGAUUUCGAGUUUGAAUACCUAAUGGCCUUAAGGCUGUUGAACAGACUGCUGGCUCACAUGCCACUCGAUAAAGCCGAGAACCGAGAAAAACUUGAGAAACUCCAGGCACAGCUCAAGUGGGCAGACUUCUCGGGGUUGCAGCAGUUGCUACUGAAAGGAUUCACCUCCCUCACCACCACUGACCUUACCCUGCAGCUUUUCAGUUUGCUGACACCAGUGUCCAAAGUAUCCAUGGUGGAUUCAUCCCAAGCCAUUGGGUUUCCACUGAAUGUCUUAUGUCUUCUGCCCCAGCUGAUACAGCAUUUUGAGAGCCCAAAUCAGUUCUGUAAGGAUGUAGCCGAAAGGAUUGCUCAGGUUUGUUUGGAAGAGAAGAACCCCAAACUUUCCAAUCUUGCGCACGUCAUGACUCUUUACAAAACACACAGCUACACGAGGGACUGUGCCACGUGGGUCAACGUGGUCUGCCGGUACCUCCAUGAAGCGUAUGCUGACAUCACCUUGAACAUGGUGACCUACCUGGCAGAGGUAAGCUGUUCAACCAAGGAUAAAACCUACUCUAGUUUCUAUGGGCAAAAUACAUGGUGUAUUGGUUUUGUUUUUUUUUCAAUGAAAUUAUUUUUAACCAUGGACUUCUAUUUCCUUCAGAGUGUUCACUGGAGAGAGGCUUUGAAUAUUUUGAAGCUGGUAGUGUCUCGAUCUGCCAGCCUAGUUUUGCCUUCCUACCAACACAGUGAGCUCUCAAAGAUAGAAAUACACCGAGUCUGGACUAGCGCCUCCAAGGAGUUACCUGGGAAAACCCUGGACUUCCACUUUGAUAUUUCAGAGACGCCCAUCAUCGGAAGGCGGUACGAUGAGCUACAGAACUCUGCGGGGCGGGAUGGGAAGCCCAGGGCUGUGGCCGUCACCCGGAGCACGUCCUCCACCUCGUCAGGCUCCAACUCCAAUGUCCUUGUUCCUGUAAGCUGGAAGAGGCCCCAGUAUUCUCAGAAGAGGACAAAAGAGAAGUUGGUGCACGUCCUUUCUCUGUGUGGCCAAGAAGUAGGAUUAAGCAAAAAUCCAUCAGUGGUUUUCUCCUCGUGCGGGGACUUGGACCUGCUGGAGCACCAGGCGAGCCUGGUGUCUUCCGAGGACGGCGCCCGGGAGCAGGAGAACACGGAUGACAGCAACAGUGAGCAGCAGUUCCGGGUCUUCCGAGACUUCGACUUCCUAGACGUGGAGCUGGAGGACGGAGAGGGCGAGAGUAUGGACAACUUCAACUGGGGAGUACGCAGGCGCUCUCUGGACAGCCUGGACAAGUGUGACAUGCAGCUCCUGGAGGAGCGCCAGCUUUCGGGAAGCUCUCCCAGCCUCAAUAAAAUGAACCACGAGGAUUCCGACGAGUCCUCCGAAGAGGAGGACCUCACGACCAGCCAGAUCCUGGAGCACUCUGACCUAAUCAUGACCCUCUCCCCUUCUGAGGAGACUAACCCCAUGGCAUCGCUCACGACGGCCUGCGAUCUGACCCCCGCUGACCCCCACUCCUUUAACUCCAGAAUGACUGGCUUCAGUGCUGCUUUGCCUGAUAUGAACAACCUUCAGAUCUCUGAGGGUUCAAAGGCUGAUGCUGUCCCGGAGGAGGAGGACGCCACUGUGCAUGAGGAUGAUCUGUCCGGCUCCAUCAACGAGCUCCCAGGCACUUUCGAGUGCAGCGACAGCUUCAGCCUGGACAUGACCGAGGCAGAAGAAAAAGGCAGUCGGGCACUGGACCAGUUUACUCUCGCAAGCUUUGGGGAAGUUGAGAGGGGAGUCUCUCCGCCCCCGUCGCCCUUCUUCUCAGCCAUCCUCGCUGCGUUUCAGCCCACGGCCUGUGACGACGCAGAGGAGGCCUGGCGCAGCCACAUCAACCAGCUCAUGUGCGACUCGGACGGCUCGUGUGCUGUGUACACGUUCCACGUGUUCUCCUCCUUGUUCAAGAAUAUUCAGAAAAGGUUCUGCUUCCUAACCUGUGACGCAGCCAGUUACCUGGGAGACAACCUCCGGGGCAUCGGAUCCAAGUUUGUCAGCUCUUCCCAGAUGCUCACCUCCUGCUCCGAGUGCCCCACGCUUUUCGUGGACGCCGAGACUCUCCUGUCUUGUGGACUUCUGGAUAAGCUCAAGUUCAGUGUUUUGGAACUGCAAGAAUAUCUGGACACCUACAACAACAGAAAAGAGGCCACUCUCUCGUGGCUUGCAAAUUGUAAGGCAACAUUUGCAGGAGGAUCAAGAGAUGGAGUCAUUACCUGUCAGCCAGGGGACUCAGAAGAAAAGCAAUUGGAACUGUGUCAGAGAUUGUAUAAGCUACACUUCCAGCUGCUGCUGCUUUUUCAGUCCUACUGUAAGCUCAUCGGCCAGGUGCACGAGGUCAGCUCCAUGCCAGAGCUGCUAAAUAUGUCCAGGGAACUGAGUGACCUAAAGAAAAACCUGAAGGAGGCCACUGCAGCCAUCGCUGCUGACCCUCUCUACAUAGAGGGGGCGUGGUCUGAGCCAACCUUCACGUCCACCGAAGCAGCCAUCCAGUCCAUGCUCGAGUGCUUGAAGAACAACGAACUUGGCAAGGCUUUACGGCAAAUCAGGGAAUGCAGAAGUCUGUGGCCCAAUGACAUCUUUGGAAGCAGCUCUGACGACGAGGUCCAGACACUACUGAAUAUUUACUUCCGUCAUCAAACUCUAGGACAAACAGGCACUUAUGCCCUGGUGGGGUCUAACCAGAGCCUGACGGAAAUCUGCACCAAGCUGAUGGAGCUGAACAUGGAGAUCCGGGACAUGAUCCGCAGGGCCCAGAGCUACCGGGUCCUCACUGCUUUCCUCCCAGACUCCAGCGUUUCCGGCACUAGUCUCUGACAGGAGCCUCCCGGCCCCCGUGGGCGCCAGGCUGGGGGUGCUGCCGCGCUGGGGUGACCUCGUUCAGUGUCUUCUCAGCCUUCAGAAGGCUUGGUCAGACUGUUCUCCCUCUUGUUACCUGCAGGACUUUCUCUAAAGAGGACGGCAGGACUUCCCACGUGUAGCAAUGCUAUCAGAACCAAGGCAGCACAGGCCGUCCUGGGACAGGCUCCAGCCGUCACGCUGUGCAGCACACACGUGUCACCAUUUUACUGAGCAAACGCAACUCACUACUGAAGACGUGACGUCCACUGCAUACCAAAGCCGACUGCUCUGAACAAUACCUUCCUUUCUAGAAACAGUUUUAGAUUGGCAGAAGUGCAAUGUUUUCUUCACUAAAAAGUAUUUUAUAUUCUGCAACUUGUACAUUCUUUCCCUUUCUUUUUCUUUUUCUUUUUUUUUCUGGGUGAAUUGAGGAAGGGGCAGGCAGAAUGAAGCUGGCCACUGAAAACUGUAUAACGGUCAAAAGCUGACAGCCUGUAUGUGUGAAAAGGGAAUUGUAAAUGGACAAAUUUAAUGUACACUGAAAUUUGAAUACAAUUACUGUAUCUAAAAGGAGCUGCUAUGAAGUACCUUUCUUAUGUUGCUAGGCUACUGUCUCUGAAAGCCCUGGAUCUCUCUGCAGGGGUCUGUGAUUAGGACCCUCACACCAAAAAUGGUCCACACAGACCCUUUUUUUUUAAGGAUCCUGGCUGCUUUUUACUAGAAGGUUGCUUUUAUGAGCAUAUUUAUACUAUAGGAGAAUGAGUGUUAAUUUUAACCAACUUUGCCAUUUUGUAGAAAAAAGUUAAAGAUAUUUACACUCUAAAUUCCAAGUCUUUCCACCUGUCACGCAUGCAUAUUUUAGUAUCCAUUUGGAUAAUCGGAAGUAGAAUCAUAAAGGUAAAAUAUGAGUUGUCACUUUGUUUCUUAAGAAAUGUCAUUUUAUUUGUAAUAUAAAUGUAAAGGGCCACCCUUAAGUUUUCUCCUUAAACUUAAUGCUGUCCCGUGUUAGCUACGUGCAUGUAAAGCUGUUGCACAUAUUCAGAAACAUAGUCAAAGUUUAUCUAUGUAACUUAUUCACUCUGUAAAUACAGUUAAAGUUUUUGUGAUGUAAUCUUGGUUGAUAUUCUGUUCAGAACUUCCUUUAGACUAAAAAAGAAAAAAUACAUAUUGACCAUG